AUGGCGGCGGCCGAGUGUGCGCCGCAGUUUCGCGAGUUCCAGUGGCUGCCGGAAACCGCCAAGGCGCUAAUCGCCGCUUCGCUCUCUCCUAAGGAUGCUGUCUCGCUCGCUCUCACCUGCAAGGACCUCCGCUGCAUAGCGCGCCCCUUCACGGCCCGCGAGUUUUCCUGCAAGGCAUGCGGCGCGCGCCUCUUCUCCCCGCGCGCCCUCAUUCCCUGCACCACCCGCCCCUCUCCGCCUCCCUCCGCGCCGCCUCUCUCCCCCGCGGGUUCCUCAUUUCGCAACAGCAGCCGCGCAUCCCCCAACGUCCUCCUGUUUCCGCCCGACGCCUCCACAGCGCCGCCAGCGGGCGCGCCGUCGGUGCCGCUGCUGCUGCUGCUGGACGACGGCGCGGCGGCGUGCGUGCAGGGUGGCGAGGUGGAGGAAGGGGGGGCGAUACGCGCGCUGCACUCCAACGUGCCCUUCAUCGCCGUGCCGCGCCUCUCAAACGUGCCAUGCGCUAGACUACUUUCUUCCCUCUCCUCCCCGCCCCAUUGCGUGUGCGCGCGCGGCAGCGUGGGGACGGGCGUGCGCGCAUCUGAUGGACGCGGCGACGCUGCACUGCGCGCGCUGCCUGCUCUUCCUCGGCAUCCAGGCGCGGCAGCAGCAGCGGGGGGCGCGGGGCAGCAGCUGGGGCUGUAUGCAGCGGAGGCGAAGGCGUUCCUGGUGCGCAAGUACCUGGACCUGCUGCGCCCCGCCUCGUACCCGGGACUAGUGGGCGCAUCCCCAUCACCACCACCACCACUGCCAACGCCAGCACCAGAACCUUCAGCAGCAGCGGCAGUAGCGGCGGGGUUGGCGGAGGUUGCAGCGGCAGGGGGUGGAGGGCAGGGGCGUGUGCAGGUGUAUGCGGAUGGGCUGUCGGGCGAGGGGGAUGGCAGGCACGCUGUACUGUGCUCGGGGCGACGGGGGCAUGUGGGUGGGGGCAGUGGCGCGCAGGGCAAGGCGCCGUGCCUGAACGUGCUCUUCCACUCGCACCAGGUGCUGAGUGCGAGGCACUGCUGGGAUGCGGGCAGUGGCACGGAGGUGGCGGUGUACUGCAAUGCACUGCACCCGGGCGCCUUCCUGCUUGCCCCACCGCGCACCGAGGAGCUCGCGCAGGGCGCCAUGCAGGUCGCUGACGUGGCGUGCGCCAGGUGUCACGCGCCGAUUGGGUGGAAGUUCUGCUCGCUUGCGGGACAUGGCGCGGAUCUGAGGAACUUGAACCAGCGCCAGUACUCUUGCUGCUUGCAGGUGGGCAGGUUCGGCAUUGUGCUGUCUUCCAUCCACCGAGGCAAGGAGUUCCUCCCAGCCUGGAGGGCUGCUUCGGUGUGGGAGGACUCUGAGGAGUAUGAGGAGGAAGAGGAGGAAGAAGAGGAUGAUGAGGAAGAUGAGGACGAGGAGGAAGAGGGGGAGGGGGAAAAUCCGUCUCUGGUAGAGGAUGGGGGAAGAGAUGGAGUGAUGGGGGAUGGAGAGGAGGGAGGUAGCAGUGGCAGUAGCAGCAGUGGAACCAGUGGUGCCAGCAGUGGCAGUAGCAGCAACAGCAGCGGCGGCAGUCAUAGCAGUGGCAGUGGCAGUGAUGGAGCGGGCAUGGGGAGGCAGAGGGGUGAGAGGAGUGGGAGGUGUGUGUGGAGUGUGAGGGCCCUGUCUCGCAUCUGCCGCUACCACACGGCGGAGUAG